AUGCCGUCGUUUUCGUUGCUUAGACCAAGGGAGACAUCUCUUUGGAAGGCGGUGAAGAACUUGAUAGACGCUAUCAUUGUUCCUGAUUCAGGGAAGGAUGCGUUGCCUGUGGAGCCAGCGGGUGUGAGUGCAGCGCCUGCGAAGGCUGCGAUGUCUGCGAUGUCUGCGAAGCCUACUAGAAAGUAUAGGAGAAACAAGAAGGUUGCUGACGACUCUAGAAGCACUAAAUCGCGUGAUUCCUUGGAUAACGCUUCUACGAUGUUCCCAAAGAUCUCUUAUAAUGGGGACAUCAGCCUGGGUACAGCCAAGCCUUGUGCUCUAGACAUGAACUCUAUGAAUGGCUCCGGGUUCAACUUCACUUUCAACUCAAACGAUGUCAUAGAGACCAAUUUCGAUAUGAUGCAGCUGCAACUACCUGAUUUCCCACAACAGCCACAACAAGAUUUUGCUAUACACAACGACUUAAACAUUAACUUGCCCGUGCAACCUGAAGUACAAGUCAAACAGGAACCUAAGCCAGUGGACAGCAUCACCAGCAUCAAGAAAGACACUAAGGCUAAAUCUGAGACUUUGGACGAUGAUGAGAAGGAGUUUGUUUGUCACUACUGUGAUGCUAAGUUCAGGAUAAGAGGAUAUUUAACAAGGCAUAUCAAAAAACACGCCAUAGAAAAGGCCUACCAUUGUCCCUUCUACAACGGCCAGGAAGUGCCAUCAAAGAGAUGUCACAACUCUGGUGGUUUCAGCAGACGUGACACAUAUAAGACACACAUGAAGGCUCGCCAUUUGAUUUACCCAGAAGGUGUAAACUUCGCCUCCAGAAAUGAAUCUUCCGGUCACUGUGCCAAAUGCGGAGGUUUUAUCGCCAAGGCGGCCACCUACGUGGAAGAUCAUAUUGAAUCUGGACAAUGUCCAGCACUACCAGCUGGAUACUACUCGGAGAGCUUAAGAAGAACCUCCAAGAGUGCUUCUAAAUCUGCAACACCAGCAAGCAUUUCAUCACAAUCCGUUUCUCCUACCACUAUUCCAGCCAGCUUGCCAACAAAUUAUCAAAAGAAGAGAAGAAAUAAGAUGAAGAAGAUCACAACAUCGAAUGGUACUACUAGAUACGUAUCGACACUACAAAGUUGGGUGGAACCAAAAGUAUUGGAGAACAAAGAUGCCUUGGAAGCUAUGGCUAUCGUAGCUUCUGAAACUGGUAGAAAUGAUGUUUUCACUACAUUGGAUGACAAUAAAAUAUUAAUGGACUCCCAAUAUUAUGUAGCCAAAUCAGGUUCAAGACAGAACUCAACCCGCAAAAACUCUGAUAAGACCAUAAAACAAAAUUCUAGACAGAGAAACAGCACUGGCAAACCUGAUAAUGGGAAUGGACUUGUAACUCCAGAAUAUGGCUAUGAACAAAUAAAACAAGGAAGUCGGAGCAACAGCAAUAGUAAGGGCGUGAACUUACAUAUUGCACCUCCAAACAUGGGAGUUAAAUUAGAGCACGCCGACAACAUGCUUGCUUCUCCUGCUACAUCUAUCUCUACUGGUGUUAUGAAUAGCAUAUCACCUAUAUCUAACUCAGCCAUGGAUUCCUCCAGUACUCAUUCUUCUUAUGCUUCUUCACUGAAUGAUAAUUGUGGUAUCAACACGACACAGAAAAUGCAACAUACCCAAACAUCAAACAUUCUGCCAAAUAAUGACAUGGCAAAUGCUGGCCCUGAUUUCAGUAAUCUAGUUGAUCUAGAUAAGAUAGGUUUUGAUGCCAUGCUUGCUCUUUGUCCAGUAAACAAUGACCAAGAGAAUUAUAAAGAGGACAAAAACUUCAUGUUAAGCAAUAUGCAGGCAUCUGGCAACAGAAUAAAUUUUCCAGCGGAUAUUGAAACGAAUUUAAACAAGUCCGCAGCAGACAUACAACUCGGCAAUACCUCAAUGAGGCCACAAAAUUUUGAUACACAGCACUUUCCAAGAGAGCAUAUGGUAGUUGCUGAUGUUGAUCCCACCAAUGCUGGGUUGAUGUCAGAUUUGCACGUCAAAGAAAAUCAAAAAUAUAUGCAAUAUUACCAACAGUUUUUCAGCAUGAAUUGA